ACCCGCGGCCGCGUACAGGGGCUGCUGGAGGAGGAGGCAGCGGCACGGGGCCGCCUCGAGCGCACCCGCCUCGGAGCGCUUACCCUGCCCCGCGGGGACAGGCCCGGACGGGCGCCGACGACCGCCAGUGCCCGCCCGUCGCGGAGCAAGAGAGGUGGAGAAGAUCGAGUGCUUGAGAAAGAAGAGGAAGAAGAUGAUGAUGAUGAAGAAGAUGAUGAUGAUGAUGUGUCGGAGAGCUCAGAAGUGCCCGAUAGUGACCGUCCUGCAGGUGCCCAGCACCAUCAACUUAAUGGUGAGCGGGGCCCUCAGAGUGCCAAGGAGAGAGUCAAGGAGUGGUCACCCUGUGGACCCCACCAGGGCCAGGAUGAAGGCCGGGGACCAGCACCGGGCAGUGGCACCCGCCAGGUGUUUUCCAUGGCAGCCAUGAAUAAGGAAGGGGGAUCAGCCUCUGUUGCCACUGGGCCAGACUCCCCAUCCCCUGUGCCUUUACCCCCAGGAAAACCAGCUCUCCCUGGGGCUGACGGGACCCCUUUUGGCUGUCCUUCUGGGCGCAAAGAGAAACCAGCUGACCCCGUGGAGUGGACAGUGAUGGACGUAGUGGAAUAUUUCACCGAGGCAGGCUUCCCAGAGCAGGCAACAGCUUUCCAAGAGCAGGAAAUUGACGGCAAGUCUCUGCUGCUAAUGCAGCGUACAGAUGUGCUCACCGGCCUGUCCAUCCGCCUGGGCCCAGCCUUGAAAAUCUACGAGCAUCACAUCAAGGUGCUUCAGCAAGGCCACUUUGAAGAUGAUGACCCUGAUGGCUUUCUAGGCUGAACGCCCAGCCUUACCCCUACCCCAGCCCAUUCCAGCUACCUUCUCACCCAAGACCCCCCAAAGUCCAGGAGCUGGAUGGGACACCCUCAGCCCUCAUAACAGAUUCCAGGGAGGAGACACUCUUUACUCAUUUCUCCAUUUCAUGUCUCUCUUUACACACAUCAACUCCCCGCUCAUCAGUACGGUGGAGGGACAGUGGCCUGUUCAUUUCACCCCUAGAAGGCCAAUCCUUCCUCCAGCCCAGGACAUUUUUGGAAAAAGAAAAAACAAAAGGAAUAGAGGGGCUUCUCAUCCCCUCCAAGAUCCUCUUCAGUUCAGCCAUUUGUUUCCUGUAUAAAUGUUUUUUUCUUGCCUGUUUAUUUUGGUGGGUGGCCUUUUCUCCACCACCGCCCAUGCCCUUUUUCCAGGCUACCUUGGGCCCCUAGAGAGUGGCUGGGGUGGGUUACCUGGGCUUUCUUUCCCCUUUCUUUCUUUCUGUUGGUUGUUGCUCCAGCUGGCUAUAUUGCUUUUUAAUAUUGCACCGAAGGUUUUUUAAAUAAAAUUUUAAAAAAAGGAAAAGG